AUGCGAUCCUUCAGUGUUGUUGCGCUGCUUGCGCCUUUGGUGUCCGCCAAGGAAAUCUUCGUUUCACCUACCGGUAGCGGUACUGGAUCUGCUACUGCGCCAUUUGGCUCCAUUCAAGCAGCAGUGAAUGCCGCAGUCGCUGGCGAUGUCAUCCUUCUCCGCGCUGGCACAUAUGCACCCACCACGAACAUCCAAAUCACCAAGAGCGGAACCAGAAUUCAGCCAAUUACCAUGCGCUCCUUCGGGACUGACAAGGUUAUCAUAGAUGGAGAAAAGCUGCCUGGAACACCCGCUGGGUUGGACCAGCCUCUCCCGAGCAAGGAAAGGGGUAUUCUGCACAUCGAGAAAGGCAACUACUGGAAGUUCUACAACUUAGAACUCAUCAAUGGCCCAUAUGGAGUCUACGCAGUCGAUUCAUCCCACAACAACUAUGAGUUGCUUAGGACGCACGACAACUACGAAACUGGUUUCCAGCUCCAGGGAGCAUCUUCAAACAACACCGUGGAGUUCCUAGAUUCGUACCGUAACCGCGAUCCCCGUAAGAAUGGAGAGAGCGCCGACGGUUUCGCGUGCAAGCAGGGCUCUGGCGAGGGCAACGUCCUCCGCAACGCCCGCCUUUGGGACAACGUCGACGACGGACUCGAUCUCUUCAUGUUCGGCUCCCCUGUUACCCUAGAGGAGGUUUACGCAUGGGGCAAUGGCGUCAACCGCUGGGGCUUCUCCAACUUCAAUGGCGACGGUAACGGCUUCAAGUUGGGCAUCACAAACAACCCACCCGCCAACCAUAUCGUCCGAAACAGCAUCGCGUUCAACAAUGCCAAGAAGGGCUUCAUUGAUAACGGAAACCCGGGUUCCUUGAGGUUUGAGCGCAACACUGCCUGGAGCAACGGCGAUGUCGGCUUCCAUCUGCGAAGCUCGUCUUCCACUAUGACAGCUAAUAUCGCUGUUGCCAAUCGUGGCCCUGCUGCGCAGGUCAGCCUCGUCUCUUCGGUCAAGGCUUCCGGCAACUCGUGGAACUCUGGCAGCUGGUCCAAUGCCUCCUUCAAGAGUAUCGACCCUGCUACUUUGAAAGGACCCAGGGGAGCUGAUGGUCGAGUCAAGGCAAGCGAUUUCUUGAUCCCGACCACAAAUGCACCAAUUGGCGCAACUACCAAGGCGGACGUUUAA